AUGGUCUGCAAGGUGUGCGAAAAGAAGCUGUCAAAAGCUGCUGCGCCAGAUCCUUUUCGCAAUCGCAAUGCAGCUGGCACCCUCGUAAGCAGUGGCGCUGGAGCAGGUAUCUCAAGAGCCGGACCUUCAGCAGCGGUAGGAAGCGCCAAUAAAAGCUCCUCGAUAGGAAAGGCUGUCGGCGGGAACAAGCUAUUGGGCGCUUCGAAGCGUUACAACCCGCUUGGGACGAGGUGCAAGCUGUGCAAACAAGCUGUCAGCCAAGACAAAGCACAGUAUUGCCAAGCUUGCGCAUAUAAGAAGGGUCUCUGCAGCAUUUGUGGCAAGACCAUCUUGGAUACGAAGAUGUACAAGCAAAGUGUCGCAUAA